GUGCUGGGGAUUUUGGAGCCCCCCCAGUGUGAGCAGGGGAGCUCCCCACUAACUGGCACUAAAUGCUGCUGGGGUGAUGCUGAUGUCGGGUCCCUGGUUCUGCCCAGGCCCGUUUUGCUGUGACUGCACCUGCCGGGCAGUUCCCACUCCAGCUGGCUGCCUUGCUCGGGAGGGGAGGGCAGGGGAAUUCAGCCCCGCAGUGAUGCGUCUAUUGAGGUGCGUCUCCUGAGUGGCUUUUUAAGGAUUUCACGUGCUGCUGUUCUCAUCUUCCUCAUCUCCUGGUGCCUCAGGUGAUUGUUCCGACUGGAACGCGAGGUCGGAAAGCAGCAGAACCCCCCCAGGAAACCAGAUGCUGCGUUCAGACUGUCUCUCUGUGGAGAUGUGAUACUAAUCUUGUGCAUUUGUGAGGAGUGGGGCUCUCUGCCCCAAUGUAGGUUCUUGUUCCCGCCUUGUCCCUUCCUCGCAUAUGCCAUCUCAUGGUGACGCUGCUGUGGUGAGAGAGCUGGAAUUCUCUCCAGAGCCUGGUCAGUGCUACUUGGUCAGGAAAAACAGGUGUUGCUUUAGAUGUGGGUGAGACAAGUGUUUUUCCCUUUCUCCCUAGGGGACUGAAUGCACUAUCACUUCUGGACAGGGACAAGUGCAGCCCUGUUCUAAGACAGAAAAAAAUGUGGUCCAUGGCGUUGGCUCUGUGCCCUGCUGUUGCCCCCUUCUCUGAGUGAGGUGCAGUUCGUGGAGAUGCACAUCUCAAAUUGCAGCCAGGCUGCAUAGCCCAAGAUAAGGUUGUUUUCCUCCACUUCUCUGCGACCUCUCUUUCUCCUCAGCAUCUCUCUGCUUGGAAUUCUCUUGCUGGAGAGGUGGAAGCCCAGGUUCCUGUUUGACUUCUCUGCACAGCCCUUGGAGGAGCCGGGAGGGGACAGUGAGAGCAUGACGGCCGGAGCACAGCCUCACCUUCUCAGCGUCCCCGAGCUGUGCUACUGCCUGGCUGAGAGCUGGGUCACCUUCCAGUUGUACCUGCAGGAGCUGCUGCAGUACAAGAGGCAAAACCCUGCCAAGUUCUGUGCAAGGGUUUGUUCGGGGUGCCUGAUCCUGGCUAUGGUCGGACACUAUGUUCCAGGCAUAAUGAUCUCCUCCAUCAUCUUGCUCAGCAUUCUGCUCUGGCCACUGGUGGUUUACCAUGAGCUGAUCCAGAGGAUGUACACUCGGCUGGAACCUGUCCUGAUGAAACUGGACUACAGUAUGAAAGCAGAGACCCUGCACCUGAAGCACGAGAAGAGAAAGCGCCAAGGAAAGAGUGAGCCCAUGGCCGGCGAUGAGCCAAUGGCGGAGACCGAGAGUGAGAGCGAGGCGGAGCUGUCUGGCUACUCCCCGGUGGUGGAUGUGAAGAAGACUGCUCUAGCGCUGGCGAUUACAGACUCAGAGCUCUCUGAUGAGGAGGCCUCCAUCCUGGAGAGUGGGGGCUUCUCUGUCUCCAGGGCCACCACCCCGCAGCUGACUGAUGUUUCUGAAGACCUGGAUCAGCAGAGCCUGCACAGCGAGCCGGAGGAGUCCUUCGCCAAGGACCUGGCAGAGUUCCCCUCCGUGGAAGAGUAUCAUUCCAGAGACCUGGGGCCGCAAAGUGACGAUGAUGCCUUCGGCCUGCCACUGGGCGCUGAGCUUGCCCAUGCUGCCCACGAGCUGGACUCUGUGGAAAAGGAAGCUGUGGACUCUGACCUCUCCGUUCUCCAUCUAGCUUCUCCUCUCCAUUUUGUAAAUACGCACUUCAAUGGGAACGGGCAAGUGGCGCCAGGCGGCACAGAGCCGCAGACUGCUGCGGCCCCCGGCCUGGGCCUUUGCAUCGAUGCACUAAGUGAGGAGAUUGUCACCACUGCCAUCACCACGGUGGUGCAGAACACCCUCUCAGCCUUGCUGCGCUCCUCUGAAGCUAGCGAGGGGCCUUCCCUCUCAGAGUUCCUCCCCACUGAUCCUGAAGAGAAACUGAAUUUCCAGGCACAGCUGUCAGAGACCGAGGUGGUGGGAAUGGAGACUGGCGCUCCGCCGGAGGAGGAGGGGGAAGUGGAUGACUUUGAGCUACUGGAUCAGAGGGAGCUGGAGCAAAUGGAUGUAGAGAUGGGGCUUGGAGGAGAGCCGGAAGUGCAGGAAUCGCCCAUCACUCCAGUUCCAGCUUCCUCGCAGCCCACAUUUUCCGAGCUGCCAAAGCAAGAGGAUCCAGAGGAGGCGGCGUCAGCAGCGUCUUUGUCUUAGGUCAUCUCUGUCGCCCCCUCUUUCCUUGUCCUCCCUGGAAGGAAGGAUGGACGGACAGACUCAUUCAGUGGUGUCCAGUCCGUUUUAGAUAUUCAUGUUGACCAGGAUGGCACAAAGGCUGUGUUCGUGCGCUGUGUCUGGAAUAACCCAUCCUUCCCAGCCCAGCCUUCCUCGAUCUGAGUGAGGAGAGGAACCAGGCCGCAGUUGUAACACCAACCCCAGCAAAAGCUUCCUAGUGAUGGUGCAGUAUUUUGGUCUGUCUUCUGUUUGUCUUUCGUUUUGCACGCAGAGUACUGAGCUAGAUGUAGCUGCUGCUAUCCCCACAUCCCUGGUAGGACAGAUGCAAUCUUAUUUUAUUGGGUUUUUAAACGGCUAAAAGUGUAAAUAACUUUAACUGUCUUUGAUUGAGCUGGAUGGGGGGAGGGGAAGGAACUACAACUCAGAUCUCCGGGUGGGGGGAAGAGCAGAGGCAGGCCACUUCCUACCAGCAAGGAAAGGUGGGUGGAUGCAGGAAGGGACCUGCGAGCCUGAUACCAGAUUGUGGUAUCCUCUCCAUCAAACCAAGCGUUGGGCAUUUCCCUGUGUGUCUGGCCUGAAUUAUGCUCCCUCCCUGCCUUGGAGACCACUGCUGGGAAUGGAGCAGCUUCCAGGGCUGGACUGAUUGCUCCUUGCCCCGGUUCUCUCCUGUCUUUAACUCUGCGGCACACGGAUGGCUCCUCAAACCAUUGUGCUCUAAAUAGGCAUGACCAAGCCAGACCCCCGAGUGCCGCUUCCUCUUGUAUAGUGUCUCACUGUGGCAUCUGGCUGGCUUUCCGGUGGCUUGGGAGGAGUUUAUAAACUUGGCUUGUGCAGCAGAGAAGAGUCUGACUGUUUUGUGGCCCUAGUCCGAGGGGCUGCGCAGACAGUAAUUGUGUGAGAGGGGACCCCCCCCCAUCUAAUUUUUUAGAUAACUAAAGGCUGUUUUUAGGCAGUGUUCUGUAAUCUCUUACUGCACUUUAUGUCCCAAGUGGCCCCCGCCCAAGGCUGGGCCACUACAACUCCACUCUACCACCUGUCCUUGGCUUGUCCCUGCUGUGAGCACUUGGCAUCUCAGUUCCAGUCCCAGCACAGGAUCGUUCACUGCUGCCCAGUGAACCUGCUCCUCCUCUGGCAGGGCUGCCCUAGCUGGGUCUGGGAGCUUUCAGGGCAGUGUGAGGGACUGAAGAGCUGCCUCAGGUCCUGUCCUCUCAAGCAAGCCUGUUGGAAGCACCUCCUAUUCUAGCCCAGUUGGGUACCCGGCGCUUCCUGGGACUGUCCCAGAGUGUACUGUGGACUAGGUUCUGUCUCGCAGCCACAGGCCAUCCUAGCUCUAGUCCCUGCCUGAAAAGGCUCCUGUUGUGUUCCUGGAGCAGGGAAUGGGCAUCCUUGGCCGUAGCUCUGGCAUGGGAAUAAGAGAGGCUCUACUGACUCUCAUGGGGGAGCUGUAAACUGACUUGGCAGCUUGUGCGUACAAGCCAGCAGAAAUGUCUCAGCCAGCGGGUGAAGGCUCAGCACGUAUCCUAGGCCUGUUUGGUCUAGCUCUGUCUCCACACAGACAGUGGAGCACUGCAGGUGUAUGUGGAAAGAAUCUCUGAGAAAUGGUGGGCAGCAGAACUUUGGGCUCUGCCUCGGGCAUAUAGGCCAACACACCCAAGAGCAAUGCUGCCUGGAGUCCUGCCUGUCGUCGCCCCCAGUACGUACAACCCCUCUCACUUUCGUAACCCUCGUACUGUCUUAAUGUACCCCAGGAUCUGGCUGAGACUGCCCGAGCAGGGAACUCUGUGUCCCCAUUGCACGUAGACCCUGCAGCGUGAGGGUCCUUGGCUAGAGGGAGUGGAGGAAUGGGAAUCUUAUCUGCAGGUGAGUCUCAUCUUACAUGCAUUUAACACACACACAUUCAGCUUUGCAUGGUCAGCAAAAACAAAAAAA